GACGUUGAUAGACAGGAGGAUUCAUAUGUGGUCUGGGUCGGUGUGGGGCUGAGCCUCCCCAAUAACUGGAUGUUGAGACUUUCUUCUGCUGCUGGUGGUGUGGGGGUGUCGGUGUUUGUAUGUGUGUGCGCGCGUGUGUAUGUGUGCAGUUCGGUGUGAAAAGUGCAAGCAAGUCGCGUGUUCGUUUCGCGUAAGCUCUCUUUCGCUCUCAUCUCAUGUUUUCACUCGCCACACUUCCCCCAAUACGCAUGGCAGGCAGCGCAGUUAUGUGUGUUUUAUGGACGGCCGGAAUGUACAUCUUUCAUUUGUUUUUCUCCAACCGUGUCCGAAUCAUCUUCCGCGCGGGUAUUGCGAUUCUCUGUGUGCUGUUCAGCUCGUCGGGCGGCGGCGGCGCUACACGGACACUACAUUGUCUGGGUUUGGGAAGUUCUGUGGCGGAAGCCCUGGGACCGUGGGAUUUCGUGGUGUAGGCUAAUUUGGUAAUCGGAUCCGGAUCAUUCGCGCGUUCGCUUUCCCUCUAUCUCGCUCUCUCCAUCGACCCCAUCGGGCUGGUGUGUAGCGCGCGCGGAAGAUCAUGUAGCCAGGCGUUUGGUUGUCCGGCAGCCAAAGGGACACUGGCAGUUGAAGUCUUCCGAUUCAGCGGCGGUGCAUCGUGACGACGACGGCGACGGUGGUUUUAUCGCGUUUCGCGCGCGUCACGCGGAUUGAAUUAGGGCACCUGUCCGGCCGUGGAGUGAAGUGAGAGUGGUACACACGCCGAGUGAAAUCGGAUUAGCGUUAAAAGUUGGUGCGUUUUUGCUUAGCUGGGUGGUCGCUGGGGGACGACACAUAGUUCAACCAAACUGGUGCAUAAUGUUGGUUCCACCGGAGAUGAUUGCGGUUCAGUCCAAGACCAUAUUCCAAAUCAACAAAUACUACGCCGAGAAGGUCCAGCUGCGGAUGGGCAACAUUGCCCGGGUGAUUCGGGAGAUUUGCAAAAUCGUUCAGGAGGUGCUGCGGGAGGUGGAAGUGCAGGAACCGAGGUUUAUCUCCAGCUUGGUGGAGUGCAAUGGAAGGUUCGAAGGCAUCGAAGUCGUUACGCCCAACUCCUUUGAAGUGGUGCUCUACCUGAACCAGAUGGGAGUGUUCAACUUUGUCGACGAUGGAUCCCUCCCGGGAGCAGCCGUGCUCAAACUGAGCGACGGCCGUAAGCGAUCCAUGUCGCUGUGGGUGGAAUUCAUCACCGCGUCCGGGUACCUUUCGGCGCGCAAAAUCCGCUCCCGUUUUCACACUCUAGUCGCACAAGCCGUGGAAAAGUGUCCCUACCGGGAGAUGGUCAAGCUCGUUCCGGACACGACCGAGGUCAAGCUCAAGAUCCGCGAACGGUACAUCGUGCAAAUCACGCCGGCGUUCAAAUGCACCGGUAUCUGGCCGCGGUCGGCGGCCCACUGGCCCAUUCCGCACAUCCCGUGGCCACACCCGGCGCUGGUGGCCGAGGUGAAGUCCGAAGGGUUCGACCUGCUGUCCAAAGAAAGCGUCAUCCUGCAGGGUAAGAACGCCAACAUCGAGGGCGAUGCGUGGAUCUUGCACUUCACCGAGGCGGAGAACCGGCUGCUCCAGGGAGGCUACCGGAAGCGCUGCUUGAGCAUACUGAAGACGCUGUGCGAUCGGCAUCUGGAUCUACCGGGUGCUCCCAUAACGUACUACCAUUUGAAGACGCUACUACUGUACGAGUGCGAGAAGCAUCCACGGGAAGUGGAGUGGGACGCCAACUGUAUCGGGGACCGGCUGAAUGGGAUAUUUCUGCAGCUGAUUUCCUGUCUGCAGAAUCGACGCUGUCCGCACUAUUUUCUGCCCAGUUUGGAUCUGUUCAAGGGGAAGUCGCCGACGGCGCUGGAUAACGCUUCGAAGCACGUGUGGAAGCUGUGUCGAGAUAUUCUGACCAGCACCAAGGCGUUCGAUCGGUUGUAAGGUGGGUGCGGUCUGGUAGCAGGAGAGUCAUAUCUGAGCAGAGUGGUUUUCGCUGAAGCCAAGAGGGAAUUUUAAAAUAAUAAAUUUCGUUGCGCAGUCAUCAUUUAUUUCAUCGAACAACACUUAUCAAAUCCAAGAAAAAAAAACUUGUCAGCAACGUAUUUUUUUUUAUUCUUAAUCACUUAACCUAAUUUACAGCUCUAUUGUCCACUGGGGCACUACGUGAGCAAUUUCAAUUGACAGCUGCACUUACAUUUUGUACAGCGCCUAGAUUCUAUUCUACUUUAUCGAACUGGUUGCCUUUCUGCUGCUUUCAUUUUUUCUACUUCAUACCUAGUAGAAUGAUGAGCACAAGGAUGAUGAUGGAUGGCCGUUGUUCCUUUCCAGUCCGAUUGGGGGUCCAUUAUGAGUAGCAGUUCGCCGAUGUCCAGGUAUCCGGGUCCGUUUGAGCCAUGGGGCUCAGAAGAGGGUCAGUGUCAGUUGCUCUCGGGGGAAAAGCAACUGACGAAAAAUUGCAAGUGCCGGGGCUGGGAAUCAAACCCAUGACCAU